AUGACAAAGAAACAAGAUGAGACAAUGAACGAGGCAGACGAAGAUCUUGCUGAUGAUACUCAUGAUGAAGAAAAAGAAGAUGAAAUGGAUGUUGAAAAAGAUGAAGAGGAAACAGGUGCUGAAGACGAUGACGAAGAUGAAGAUGAAGAUGAAGACAAUAAAACAUCGACAACAAACACAACAGAUGGUAAAAAAAAGAUUAAAAAGAAAUCGGUCAAUACACACCUACCAGUAGCCAGAAUUAGAAGAAUCAUUAAAUCUGAUAAAGAUGUUAAACUGAUUGCAAACGACGCUACUCUUUUGAUUACUAAAUCAACUGAAUUAUUUUUAGACUUUAUAGUAAGGGAAUCAUAUAAAAAGACAACAGGAAAGAGAAAGAUUUUACAAUAUAAAGAUAUAGCAUCUACAGUUAAAGAGAUUGAAUCACUUGAAUUCUUGUCAGAUAUAAUUCCACCAAAAGUUCUUACAUAG